CAUAUUUCUAUUUGUUUUCAGAUUAUAUAUUUUGCCCAUUUUACACAUUCUUGCUGUUUUGUUGUGACUCCUCUCUUGACACUUUGGCACGUUCCUGUUGAAUUCAACUGAAGUAAAAAGUUUUUAAAGUUAUAAACAAAAAAGCAGACUUAUAAUAUAAACACUUUAAUUAAAUUCAUUAAUAUACGUUUUAUAAUGAUUAACGAAAACCCAUUCAGUAAUGAUAAAAAGCGACAACGCCGCAAAAACAAAAAGGCUCGAUUUAUGCGUAAUGCCAAGGGUUUUGCUAAACAAGGCAUAUACGGAAGGGGCUCUCAUAUUGAUGAUGAUCAGUAUAAUUAUUUCAUCAACACUUUAGAUGUAAUGAAGAAUGGAUUUGAUGAUAUAUCUGACAAAGAAAAUAUGGCCAAUAAUGUGUUUGAGUGGACCAAAGAACAGGAGGUGCAUUUAGCAUCCAAUCAAAUCGCUUGUAAAGUAUUGGAAUCAUUGAUUGGUUUUGUUGAUGCCGAACAACUUGAACGUUUCUUCACUGCAUUUCGUGAAAACCUGCGUGUAAUUUGCUCAGAUCGAUUCGCUUCACACGUGCUACAAAAAAUGGUGGAAAUAGCAUUUUUACGCUAUGUUGGAACAGAGAAUAAAAAAGAUGGUGAAGAUGAAGAGGGUACAUCAAGUAAACGUGCUAAAGUUGAUAUGUUGAGUGAAGAAAAUUUUAAUUUGACUCAUACUUUCUCAAAAGAACAUAAAACAAAUUGUGGGGACUUCGUUUUGCGUGUAGGAAAAUUUGUUUUAAAUAACUUAGAGGAAUAUAUUUGGGACAAUUGUGGAAAUCACAUAUUGCGUACCUGCAUAUUUUGUUUAGCUGGAAUACAUGUUCCCAAAGUAGCUUUCGAAAAAAGUACUACAGAAUUGGCUAAAAAUCGUCAGCUUUAUACAGUGCCGGAUGAGUGGUUAGAAGUAAUGAAAGAAUAUCCUCAACGUUUGGAAAUGUGGCCACAAUUUGUUGACUUUCCAUAUGAUGAAAAUUCUUCUGCUCUAACCAGUGUUAUAUGUAUUGCAUUGAAAGUAGUUGAUAAAAAUAUGUUGAAACAUUUUGGUAAGAAAAUUAUAGUGGAAUCAUUUCUUAAAAUAAAUGACAAUGAGGAGGAUCAAGAUGAUUUGAAAAUGGAGGUUAUUAAUAAUAUAGAAAAAGAUGAUGAAAUUAAAAAAAAUUCAGAUGAGGUGGAAAAGGUGAAAUUACCUCAGGUGUUUGGGUGUCAAUCUUCCGUGAUAUUAUUGGAAACCUUAUUGACAAUCGCUGGUCCCAAGCUAUUCAACCAGAUUUACUGUAUGUUAUUUACUGGACGUUUAGCAUAUUUAGCUCGUAACCAACAAACAAACUUUGCUGUUCAGAAACUGUUGCAAAAUAUUAAGGAGAAGGAAGAUUUUGAACAAAUAUUUACAGAGCUUGUACCACACAUUGACGAACUACUGAAAAUAGGACAUACAGGUGUGGUGUCUUCAUUAUCAUCAACUUGUCUUCGGCUUUGCACAAAACAGGCUCAGAUGAUUACUGCUCUUCAAACUGCAAUGCAGGUAGCAGGAGAUAAGGAAAAAUCUAAACUAUUUUUUUUGUGUCUUAUUAAACUUAAGCCGUACCACAUAGUCUUGGAAGACAAAACUGCUUUCGUACAUUUACACGGUUCUCUAAUUGUGCAGGAUAUAUUAAAAUACAACAAACCUAUUUUUAUGAUUACGUGCAUUUUGGAAACAAGCGCUGAUCUGCUCGCCACAAUUUUAAAUACGCCAAAUGGGUCACACAUAGCAGAUGCGUUUCUGCAAAGUAAAUUUGUAGGUGAAAAGUCAAGAGAGAAAUUCGUGCGUCUGCUAGACGGUUUUUAUAUUGACUUAGCUAUCACGAAAUUUGGUUCCCACGUGGUUGAGAAUUUGUUCUCUGCCGCACAGGAAGCACAAAAAAUACGCAUCGUAAAAGAACUAGCGGAAAAAAGUAAUAUGUUGAAAAGUACUCCCUUUGGACGACUACUGUAUAAUAAAUUACGUGUCGAAACGUACCGCCUAUCGUCUACGCAGUGGAAGGCUGGUCUUACGCAAAAGGCAAAUAAGGCAGAGAAAUUAUUUAAGGAUAUCAUUAAUUAGUUUUUAAAAAUUUGCUGUAAAAUAUUUUAUUAAAGAAAUUACAUAUAAAUGUUUAAGUUUUAAUUUAUACAUAAAAAACUUUAAUUAUGUUUGAGGUGUUUAUUGAAAGAAG